AUGACUGUCCUCAACUUCACGCUGACGCCCGAGGCAGCAUCGAAAGUACAUGAUCUGCUUGUGUGCUUGGGAAAGUUCAGCGAAACUGUCGCCGUCGAGGCGCGUCGAGAAAGAUUCACAUUCACCGCCCUCAACUCUUCCAAGUCUGCAUACUGUGCAGUGACUCUGGACGGCAAGCAGUUUUUCAGCGAGUAUGAGUGCAUUCCGGAUGCAGGCGGGGCCGAUGGGCGCUUCACUUGCAGCAUGUAUACCAAGGCCCUGCUGUCUGUCUUCAAGGGACGAUUGUACGACCCACUAGGCCGGGAUGGAGCAGUCGAGCGCUGCGAAGUCGGCUUGCAAGAGCAGAACAAUGAAGCUUACUGCAGGUUUAUUGUCAAGAUGGUUUGCAAUCAAGGAGUCACUAAGACGUACAAGUUGACAUACGAGGCUGUUGAUGUCAUGCAUGCACUCUUCGACCGCAGUAUCGCGCGAAAUCGAUGGAGUAUGCAUUCUGGCGCCAUUCGAGAGUACAUCGAGUACUUUGGCACGAAGACUGAGCUACUGGACAUCUUUACUGGAGAGGACGGGCGAUGUGUCUUCAAGAGCUACACAGAAAAGAUCUCAGAUGGGAAAGAGAUCCUCAAACACCCACUCGUCACAGCAGUCGCCGUGAACACAUCCGACUUCGAAGACUUUAGCGUCCAAGCAGGGCUACACAUCGUCAUCAGCGUCAAAGACUUCAAGGCCAUCGUCCUACAUGCCGACACACUCAAAACCAGUCUCAAAGCCUACUACUCAGCUCCUGCUCGACCACUUCAGUUUAGCUAUGGGUGUGACGGGCUCGUGGCUCAGUUUACACUCAUGACAUCCGGCGAUUAUGCCGGGGCACUGCCCACGUCAACCCCCGCACCUGAACAACACUCGGCUACACCGCAGCAGCAGAGUAGACAAGCCUCGCAAGUACAGUCAACUGCUUCGGAACGAACAGAUAAACGCAGCCUACGCUCAGAGAUGCCGCCGCCGGUUCAGCCAGCAUCACGGCGAGACCAAAACGGCCGCCUACGCAACCCAGGCUCACGGCAGCCAUCAUCGGCACCCUUGCAGUCCCAGGCCGCGUUAACACAAGCCGAAUCAGAGGAUGAAGAGAGCCUGUUCGUGCCGCACAACGAUGCGAGAAUGCAGGAGGAAGAAGACGCUGCAUGGGCGCCGAUGGAUCAUGAGGAGGAAACACUAGGCUGGGAUGCAAGUGCAGAUAACGAUGUCGCAGCUUUCCCUACAUUCCGUGAUACGGGAAGCAUGUCAAGGACAACCACGGCGGAUAGCACCACGGUGAUUGAGCCGACGCAGCGACUGUCUGAAAUUCAGGGGUUGUGGUAG